UGUACUGGGAUUGUUGCGGAAGUGUUCCAACACUAGUGUGGCAUCAGAGUAUAUAGAUUUGGUUCGCAUACCAAACAAAAUGAAGGUGUCAUUCACAAAUAAACGAUAGAGUAAAGACUUCAACGCGAAGGCUGCAGCUCUGAUGUGGAGCGGUUGGCCUGACUGUGUGUCAGCCUUGCCAUGGGAUCACCCUCUUUUUCCUCUUCUCCCUCUCUCCUGCUCCUCCUCUUCUUCACCUCGGCUCUCCUCCUAACCGUUCACCCCGUCUUCACCCCCUCAUCCCCCCCUCCUACAUGUGGUCCGGGCCAAUCCUGGGCGGUCCGGCUGCACGCUGACUCAGACCCGGAGGACGGCCCCCUGGAUCUGGACCUGGUGGCCAGCAGGGUGGCCCGGCAGGCUGGCCUGGAGAACCGAGGACAGAUCGGACAGCUGGAGGGACACUACCUGCUGUGUGCAUGGCCCAGGCCUAGGCCUGGUUCUGGCGACGAGCCUAGGGCUGGAGUUGAAGAUCAGGCCGGGCCGGUAGAGGGGGUAGGCGUGGCCAGUCCAGCUGAGGUGCUGGCCUCUCACCCACAUGUCCUGUGGCACUCCCAGGAACAGGUGCUCAGCAGGUCCAAGAGGUCUGUGGCCUUUAACGACCCCAGAUACCCCAAACAGUGGCACCUGCACAACGACCUGAGGGAGGGCAUGGACAUCAACGUGACAGGCGUUUGGGAGUACAACAUCACAGGGAGCGGCGUCACCGUGGUUGUCGUUGACGACGGCGUGGAACACACCCUCCAGGAUAUCCAGCCCAACUAUAGUCCAGAGGGCAGCUACGACCUGAACUCCAACGACCCAGACCCCAUGCCCCACCCCGAUGCUCACAGUGACAACCACCAUGGGACGCGUUGCGCUGGGGAGAUCGCCGCUGUGCCCAACAACAGCUUCUGUGCCGUGGGUGUGGCCUAUGGGAGUAAAGUGGCAGGUAUCAGGGUGCUGGACGGACCGCUGACAGACAGCAUGGAGGCUGUGGCCUUCAACAAACACUACCAAGUCAACGAUGUAUACAGCUGCAGCUGGGGACCAGAUGAUGAUGGACAUACAGUUGAUGGGCCACAUCCCCUGGGCAAGGCGGCGCUGCAGCACGGGGUGAUCGCCGGCAGGCGGGGCUUCGGCAGUAUAUUUGUGGUUGCCAGUGGCAACGGGGGCCAGUAUAACGACAACUGCAACUACGAUGGCUAUGCCAAUUCCAUCUACACCAUCACUAUAGGGGCCGUGGAUGAGGACGGGAGGAUGCCGUUCUAUGCGGAGGAGUGUGCCUCCAUGCUGGCUGUUACCUUCAGCAGUGGGGGGGUCAAGAUGAGAAGCAUUGUGACGUCAGACUGGUCCAUGCAGCACGGCACCGGCUGCACCGACGGCCACACGGGCACGUCAGCGGCCGCUCCCCUGGCAGCCGGCAUGGUGGCCCUGAUGCUGCAGGUCCGCCCCUGCCUCAGCUGGAGGGACGUCCAGCACAUCAUCACCUACACCGCCACGCAGUAUGACACGCGGGCGGACUGGAAGGUGAACGGGGCAGGGUUCCACCACAGCCACAAACAUGGGUUCGGUCUGCUCAACGCCUGGAGACUGGUCAAUGCUGCCAAGGUGUGGGAGUCGGUUCCUUUCCUGGUGUCCUAUCAGAGCCCAGUACUGAAGAAGGAGGAGCCUAUUCUGACCUAUCCCGACAAACUUGCACUCACCUGGAAUGUCACGGCUGAUGACCUCAGCCAAUCGGGGAUGCAGACGCUGGAGCAUGUAUCCGUCACCGUGACAAUAACCCACCCCUGUCGUGGCAACGUGGAGGUGGUGCUGCUCUGCCCCAGCGGGAUGACGUCGCUCAUCGGAGCCAGGCGCGUCAUCGACAGGGACCCGUCGGGGUACCAGGACUGGACCUUCUCCACGGUGCGCUGCUGGGGAGAGAGAGCAGAGGGACAGUACACACUGCAGCUCUCUGACUACAGAGACCCCUCCAGCCAGGUGUGCUCUGCAGUAGGGGUCCUGCAGCACUGGAAGCUCACACUCUACGGCUCCUCCAUGGCCUUCAGCCAGGUCAAGGACAGGCAGAGGCUGGUAGAGGAGGCCAUGGGGGGGCAGUAUCUGGACAGCAGCUUCUCUCUGCCCUGCCCCCCAGGACUGGACAUACCUGCUGAGAGCAUCAGCCCUUUCACCUCCAACAGCCUCAAGUCUCUGCUCCUGCUGGGGUGCUUUGCCCUGUUUUGGUCUCUGUACUACACCCUGGAGGUGACGCUAGCCCACCUGGACCUGCGCCAGCUGUGUCUGCGAGGCUGGGGGCCGCGGGGGGGCCGCGGGGGCCGGGGGGCCCGGAGGAGGGGAGACCCGGAGGGGGCCAGCUCAGACAUGGAGCUGCAGGCGGGGCUGGACUCUGAGGUCAAGGUGCCUUUGGUCACUGGAGACAACACAUAGCAGUGGAGUACAACCCUAUACCCCAAAGAGAGACUGUGGUUGGGGUCUGGACUCCGGAGAGGUUGUGUGACAGCCUUGGAGGAGGAGGGCAGACUGGACUACCUCCAACCCUUGUUCUUCCCCCCUCCCCAAACAUCCCCUACCUGUGGCCUUUUAUCUGAGUGCAGUGUGCGAGUAUGUGUGCAAAUCUGUGUGAUUGAGCAUUUUGAUUCAAGUUCGAAAGGGCCCUCAUUAAAUGGAGCCCAUGGGAUUAUAGUCUGUGAGAGUAUUGCACUUUGGGAAGGUAUUCAAAUGUUCUCUGUGAGUAUUCUGGUAAAUGCAUACAAAAAUAGAUUUAUUUUAGCAAGUACAUUCUUUUUGAAUAUUUUUCUGCUUUGAAACUAUGAUGUGGGAUAUUUUUUAGGAAUUGUAUUUGGUGCAAAGCAGUACUUGAACUUUAUUUGGUGUGUGUGUGUGUGUGUGUAAGAUAGUGGAUGACUGAUGUGUAUAUAAGAGGCUGUGUGAUUGAGGGUGAAUGUGUUUUUUUAAAUGGAGUAUAAAAUAUAUACUCCACACUUGCGCGAGGACAAUGUGUUCUGUUGUACAGUCACACACGUGUGAUUUUAUAUAAACUGUCAAAACCUGAAAGAGAUUCUAUUUUUGUUUUUGAUGUUGCAUUGACAUGUGUAGGACUCUGGGUGUAGCUGUGAUUGACAGCAGAGACUACCAAUAAAAUAAUAACGGGGAACA